UUCUGUAUAAUUCCUAAAACUAGCAGCAUAUACUACAUUUAUACAUUUUGAGUUGUAAUUUAUUUAAGAUUAAGGAUUAACACCUUUUAUUUUUGAUUAGUGUUAACGAACUCGCAUUUCCUUACCAAAAAUAUCGUACCCAAUAAUUAUUUUGAAAUGAUAGAUUCACAAACGUUUGAUUCAAAUUAUACAUUAUCUUUAAAAAAUUAUGAAGAUCCAAGAACUUCAAACUGGUUUCUUAUGUCAAGUCCAGGCCCUACUGUUGCCGUUUGUCUUAGCUAUGUGUUUCUUGUAAAGUUUGUAGGUCCCAAAGUAAUGGAAAAAAAGAAUCCAUUCAGUCUUAGAAAAAUACUAAUGGCUUAUAAUUUUUUUCAAGUAAUUUUUAGUGCUUGGCUAUUUUACGAAUUUUGUGCAAGUGGUUGGUUAACCGGUGAAUAUAGUUUUCGAUGUCAACCAAUUGAUAUCUCCGCCAAUCCAAGAACUAUGAGAAUGGUGAACGUCACCUGGUGGUAUUUUUUCUCAAAGUUUACAGAACUGGUCGAAACUAUAUUCUUCAUUAUGAGGAAAAAAUUUAAUCAAGUGAAUGCACUACAUGUGUUCCACCAUGGCAUUAUGCCCGUCUCUGCUUGGGUAGCCACCAAAUACUAUCCAAACGGACAUGGAACGUUUCCCGGAUUAUUAAAUACUUUUGUACAUGUUAUAAUGUAUUCUUAUUACUUCUUGAGCGCUUUUGGGCCAGAGGUGCAGAAAUAUUUAUGGUGGAAGAAGUAUUUAACAAGACUACAAAUGAUUCAAUUUGUUAUAAUAAUGUUCCACGCCUUGCAAUUACUUGUUGUUGACUGUAAUUUCCCAAGGAUCUUUAUUUGGUACAUGGGAUUGCUAGCUCUAAGCUUUUACACUUUGUUUAAAAACUUUUAUGACAAGGAAUAUAAAGCAAAGCAAAACAAUAAGUGCAAAUAAAAAUAAUUUUCUACUUCUUGGUAAAA